AAAAGAAGUCGAAGUGCUACAAUGUGAGCCCCUGCAAGAGGUAUUUAAAGUUGAAGGGUCAAAGGGGGCAGAAGGAACAGUUUUGUUCCCUCAAUUAAAGAAAGUGGUCUUUGAAGACCUACCAUGCCUGACGAGCUUUUACAAGAAGAUUUCUGAAUGCCAUCCUCACUGACAAUGGAAAUAAGAGGUUGUCCCAUAUUAACGAUGUUUCCUUGUCAAUACCUCAACACUGUGGAGUUAAAGACAGCCGAUGCCCCUUUACAACCAUUCCGGAACAAGAAGGUUGAAUUUCCUAUCAUAAAGAAAUUAGUACUCAAUGAUGGGAGCAUGUUAGAAGGUGUUCUGCAUGCACAACUCCCAUCUGGGUCCUUUAGCAAAGUAAGAUUCCUAGAGGUGAAAAACUACUACAAUUUAGUAAAUGCUCGUACCCUGCUACAGUGGUUUGAGGUUGUUGAAGAACUCAAAGUGGAAUAUUGUUUUUCAUUAGAAGUUGUCUUCAAGCUUGAAGAACUUGAUGCCAUUCAAAGAAAGUCAAUAGUGUCUUCCCAAAUAAAAAAGUUGACAUUGAUUUGUUUACCUAAAUUGGUGAAUAUUUGGAUAAUGGAACCACAGGGACUUUUGGUCUUUCACAACCUAACAUAUUUAACAGUUCAAGCUUGCUACAGCCUUAGAUACUUACUCUCGCUCUCAAUGGCAAGUCUUCUCACACAACUAAGAGUACUAGUGAUUCAAAAAUGUAGCGUGAUGGAAGAAAUAGUUGGAAGUGAAGGACAAGGAGAAGAGGAUGCCAAGGGGGAAAUCGUUUUCUCUCACACGCUGGAUAUAAAAGUAACAGGAGAUGGUGGGUUGUUACGCCAUGUGAGUGACCUUAAUAGCUAUGUGCAGCAGUACAUUCGGAAAGGAAAGGGACUAGCUGUGGAUGAUGAUGAUGAUGAAGAAACAGGUAGUGGUGAUGAUGAUGAAACAAGUAGUGAUGAAGAAAUCUAG